AUGCAGUUUACACUUAAACUAUUAGCCUUUUCCCUCGCGGCAGCUUCCGCAGCACACGCCUACCCCAUCACCGAAGACAACGUCAAAUGUCGCGACGGCCCAUCAACCAGCCAUGCCAUCGUGCGCGCAUACCCCCUCGGCACUGACGUGACGCUGCUGUGCCAAACACCCGGAGAAGUCAUCUUCGGCAAUUCCCUCUGGGACAAAACCACAGACGGGUGCUUCGUCACAGACUACUACGUCAAGACUGGCUCAACCGGCAUGGUCACCGGGCCCUGCGUCAUGCCCGGCGGCGCCAUCAACGACAAGAUCAGUCGUGCCGACAUCAUGGCCCGCGCCCAGUUCUGGGUCGACAAGCAUGUUCCCUAUUCCAUGGACGCCAGUUACCCUGAUCCGCAGGGCACAAAUUACAGGACCGACUGCUCUGGUUUCGUGUCCAUGGCUCUGCACACGACGCCCCAGGGGUAUAGUACCGUGAGUCUGCCCGAUGUCGCAAAGUCUAUUUCCUGGUCGGAGCUGCAGGCUGGUGAUUUUGUUGGAACUCUGGGGCCUGGUACGGGUGGUGCGGCUGGUCAUGUUACUAUUUUUCAUUCUUGGGUGGAUAAGUGCAAGAAGGCGUAUAAGACGCUCGAGUGUAAAGGGGAUGCUGGGUGUGUUGCUUUCCAGAGACCUGUUGGAUGGGGAGUGGGCAACUUUACGGCUCAGCCGUAUAGAUAUACCAAUUUGGCGUAG